AUGGAGACCAAGAGCGUGUACUUUCACGCCCUCUGGGGUGCGCGUCCAACUCAUGAUCUGGCUUUUGCCUUUUGUCUUCUCGCAGUAUUCGCAGUUGGUGUAGUUGUUUUGGUUGCUCUCCGGCGGGUUUGGUUCCACCCCCUCGGCGUUUUCCCCGGUCCGAACGUGUGGGCGGCUUCACGACUGCCGUGGGUGCGCCACAUGGUGAAAGGAGACCUAUGGCGCAUCCUCCAUCAACAUCAUAUCCGAUUUGGUUCCAUCGUACGUAUCGCUCCAAACGAACUCAGCAUCUUGUCUCCCUCCGCCUGGCACGAUAUCUAUGUCUCUCGUCCUUUGCUCCUCAAAGAGCCCUUCGGCCAGACGCCACCUCUCAACGGGGCGCACUCGCUUUUUACUGCAGAAGGCCAUGAACAUCGUCGCAUCCGUGGGACUCUCGCACACGCCUUUUCCGAUAAAGCUCUCCGGGAUCAAGCGUCCUUGAUCGAGCAUCAUGCAAAUCAAUUAGUAUCAAGACUGCGCAGAGAGCUCAAGAAGUCGUCUUCGCACGUGCUUGACAUCUCCAAACUUUAUGGCUAUGCCACAUUCGACAUCGUGACCGACUUCAGUUAUGGGGAAUCGGCAGAGGGCCUGGUCGGCGACAAUGAGCACAACAAUAUCGCCCGCUUCUUCCUUCAUGCCCAGUACAGCACCGUUCGCAACUGUCUUCGCUGGUAUUCGCCGCUGGAUAAGCUAUUGGACGUUUUCUUCCUCCGGGUGUCGCGAAGCACCCGUGAGCAGAAUUGGGCUCUUGCGUUAGCCAAAGUUAAUCGUCGCCUGGCAAAAGGCGAUAUGACUGGUAUUCGUUCCGAUCUCAUGACCCCGAUCGUAGGGCGUAUUUCCGAAGAGGGUGGAAAGGGAAUCACCAAGGCAGAACUUCUUUCCAGUGCAUUGGGUAUCGUAAUCGCCGGUUGCCAGCUUACCACCGUCGCGCUUACAAGCUGUACUUUCUUCUUACUGCAAAAUCCGCGGGCUCUGGAGAGGCUCCUCCAAGAGAUUCGUACUACUUUUACAGCAGAGGAAGACAUAACUAUACCGUCGACCCAACACUUGUCUUAUCUGGAUGCCGUACUGAAUGAAACCAUCCGGAUCCAUCACCCAUCGCCGAUCAGCUUACCAAGGAUGGUGCCACCAGAAGGGCGAGUAAUCGAUAGUACCUUCAUUCCCGGCAAUAAUAGCCCUGAGUUCUGGGUCGAGCCCCAUAACUUCCAUCCAGAGCGGUUCCUAUCCUCAACGAAUGCGCACUAUGAGGCCCGAUUCGAGAACGAUGUAAAGGCAGCAUUUAUGCCUUUUUCUACUGGACCACGGAACUGCAUCGGUGCUAAGUUGUCUAUGGCCAUAAUUAAAGUGACCCUGGCAAAGGUUUUAUGGAACUUCGACCUGUCUAUGGCUGAGCCUGAUGUUGCGAAUUGGCAGAAUCAGAGGGUUUGUAUCGUUUUUGAGCCGAAACCACUGCGAGUUGAAGUGAUGGAUCGCUCUAGUAGCAAAGCAUGA